AUGAAUAAAUCUUCCAUUUUGUCUAUUUGUAACGAAAGCAACAGAGUUGGAAUGUGCUACUACGAUGGAAACAAAUACAGGAUAUUCGCUCCCUUUUACGACUACUUUACUCUUUCUAAGGCAUUAAAAAUAAUUGAUGAAUGUUUUCCGGACAUUAUUAUUGCUUCCGUUUCCGAAGUAUUUCAAGAAAUGCUGAAAAGUAAAUAUGCUGAAAAAGUAAUAUAUAUGCAUACAAGAUCAAAAAAUAUAGCCUUUAAAGAUAUUGAUAAGCUGGAAAAUGCAACCAUUCGAUUACUAAGUAGUUUUACGAACCAUUAUCCCUUAGUUGGUGUGGAAGGCGAUAAGAUUGUUGGUUAUGCGGGGGAAUACAUAAUAGAAAAGGUCAAUGCUGGGGCAUUCUUCAUAGACAAUUCUGUAAUUUCAAAUAUAACGGAUUUUAAGAGGCUAAAUUUGAUAGUUAAAAACGCAAUUACACGGUUUGGAAGAUGCACUUUGGUUCGCUGGAUUUCACAGCCACUAAUAUCAGAACAGGAAGUUGCUGAAAGAAGAUCAAAGAUCGAGUACAUGGUUUGCAAGGUUCCAAAGCUGUUGAAGCUGUUGAGAAAGUGCAAAAUUAACUGUUUUGAUCAAAAAAUUAAUUUUUCCAAACUGAAGCUGUUUAUCAAGUCAGCUUUGAUAAUACAAAAGCUAUUGCAUGAGAAGCUAGCUCUUCCAAAUAGAAAGAGGUAUUUAAAAUUGUACAAAAUACUCAGAAUUUUUGAUAAAAAUGGCAUAUCUAACGGAAAGGAUAGGAAGCUUGAUGAGCUAAGGAGCUUCAUUGAUAAAAUACCACUAAUCCUGGAAAAUACAACCAGAAAACUAUCUCAAAAAUACCAAAUACCCAUUAGCUCAGUUUACAUUCCUGGUGCUGGGUUCUUUAUUGAAAGUGGACAGUCGCUUCAAGAUACCAUUUUUACAGUUAAGGACAAGUUCUACUGCAAAAAUGAGGAUAUGAAAAACCUUGAUGCCAAAAUUGGCGAUCCCUACGAGCGAAUUAACGCUAGAGAAAUUGAAAUUUCUAUAAGAGUUAUCGAGAAAAUCCACAAAACAAAGCUAUCACCACUAUACGAUUUUAUCGGCGAGGUUGACUCGUGUAUUUCACUAUACUUGAAUACAAAUGGGUCAUUUACAGAAUGUUGUUCAUCCUCAACAUUUGAAUACCAAAACAUAUCGUUUCACAAAACAUCUGUGCUUUUAGGCGGGUUUAACACAAUAGAUUUAAUCGAGUCUAUUAUCAUUAAUCAGAUUGGGGGCUGUGUUGACCAAUCAUCUGCCAGAUAUCCGCUCUUUAAAAGGCUAGCUUUCAAAAUUCAAAAUGAAAAGCAUGCCAGUGUUCACAACAGUGCAUUCCAGAACGAAGUAAUCCAGCUUUCUAAGAUAUUUAGACACAGCGACGAAAAUACUCUGUGUUUACUUGAAGGCAUUGCAGAGUCUACGACACCAACAGAAGGACUAGACAUAUUCUCAUCAUUUAUUCAAAAAAUUACUGCACGAUUCCUGAUAAUCAGUACAAGCUAUGAACUUUGCGAUCUUAAAAAUAUUAAAAACUUGGUAAGUGUUCAUUUCUAUCAACUUAAAGAUGGAAAGCCCCAUUUGUUAGAUGGUAAAGCAGAAUUAGACUGUGAGCAGUCUGGAAUAUGCGAUGAGUUCGAAGAAUACAUUCAAAUGACCAGCCACCAAUAA